CAGCUAAGCGAAUGAACAAACCGAUGAACAAGACAGCCGUGCAGUGCAUGAACACUGGUAGAUCCUUUUAAUAGGGAAUUCCUGUAGUAGUGCUGUCCUGCGACUCCAGCAGAGUCCGUUGAUACGUGUCUUUGCUUUACCCAAGGACCAAAAGGGAGACCCAAAAUAGGGUUGGACAUAAAAGUACCAAGGAUCGCAAGGCAAUCGUCAGGACAAUGGUUAAUAACCGAGGCGGAGGAGAAGGAGUGAGAGAGAGGAAAAGAGGAUUCUGAAGAAUCUGCCAUGCAACCGUUCUCCUCGGGCAACACCAUGGCCACGGAUACGCCGACGAGCCUCCCGCCCGAGAGGGGCACCACGCCGACCCCCUGCCGCAACCUGACCUUCUCUAUCGCCAAGAUUAUGGAGCCGGACAAGCGGCUCUCGGCCUGUCCAGACAAUCAGGCUCAUCAUCCGGCGAGGGUCCAGCAGCACCAUCAGACGACUCCGACGGCGCCGGUGGCACCGACGUCUGUCCCGUCGCUCACGUACUCGGCUCACCUGGAAUCGGCGUUCAAAAAGUACGUGCCAACCCUGAGACAUCAGGACCUGCUGCAGCAUUACCCGUUGCUCUACUACCAUCCGAGUCCGUUGCUGAGAGCGUUUCCUGGUCCUGCGCCAGGCGUCGCGGCGUCGUCAAUUAACAGAACGUCGCCGCCGUCUCCUGGGCAUAGGGCAUCUCAGUCCACGGUGACACCUGGUCGAACAGCCAUCACGACGACACUUCAUCAGGACUCUCGGUUGAGCUUGUCAACCUCUUCUCCGGAGAGCCAGCACCAGCAGCAGCCGCAGGCGCAACAGCAGACCCAACAGCAGGCACAGCAGCAACAGGCUCGGGGCAAGAAGAGCCCGACUCCUCGUGCGGAUUCUAUAAGCAAUUCGUCAAAACAAAAAACAUUUACUUGUCCAGAAUGCGGCAAAGUCUUCAACGCCCAUUACAACUUGACCCGGCACAUGCCCGUGCACACGGGGGCGCGACCAUUCGUCUGUAAGAUCUGUGGCAAGGGAUUCAGACAAGCCAGCACUCUCUGCAGGCACAAGAUCAUCCACACCGCAGAAAAGCCGCACAAGUGUCAAACCUGCGGUAAGGCCUUCAACAGGAGUUCCACCCUGAACACGCACACCAGGAUUCACGCGAAUUACAAGCCAUUCGUAUGCGAAUUCUGCGGCAAAGGGUUCCACCAGAAGGGCAACUACAAGAACCACAAACUGACCCACAGCGGCGAAAAGGCAUACAAAUGCAACAUUUGCAACAAGGCCUUUCAUCAGAUCUACAACCUGACCUUUCACAUGCACACGCACAACGACAAGAAGCCAUUCUCCUGCAAGAUAUGCGGCAAGGGCUUCUGCAGGAACUUUGACCUCAAGAAGCACAUGCGCAAGCUUCACGAUUCCGGAUCGCCCGUCCUGGGGAGUCUGGUCGUGGGAUCAUCAGCACAGUCUCAUGGGCACGCUCACUCGCAUCCCCACGCGCACUCGCAUGCCCACUCGCACUCCCAACAGAGUGCAACGUACUCUCCGGUUCAUCAUGGACCGGCGGCUGCAGCUGCAGCUGCGGCUGCCGCGGCCGCGCACUCCUUCGUCAGUCCGUUUCUCCUGCCGCCUCCAGGCAGUACCACCGGAAGUUACCUGAGUAAGAUGUUGUGACAGGGCGAGGGCGUCUACUGCGCCCG